AGAACAAUGGGAAGAUGAGCAAAAUAUGAAUUGGACCGAUGAGCAGGAACCAUUGUCAUAUAACAGUCGUCCAAAAUUAAUACAUUCAAACUUGUUGCCAAUGAGGAGGCAUUAUGAUGACGAUGGUGAUGAUGAUGAUGAUGAUGAUGAUGAUGGUGAUAUUGAUAAUGAUGGUGGUGGUGGUGAUGAUGAUGAUAUGAUGUGGCAUGAUUAUCCGACGGUUAUACAGAAUAAAUUACCCACAGCAACAGGUCAAUACGAUAUGCCACCAUCCGAAUCGGAACAUCAAUUAUUCACUCGUCAUCACAUGAAGGAAUCAGAUGACCAUGCAUCAAACCCUAAUGGACAUUCAUCCAUUCAUUUACCGAACGGUUCCAUUGGUCCUUUCAAUAAUAAAAAAUAUGAUCCUAACAAACAAUAUUCCUCAACCGAAAAACAACAAAUGGAAAAUGAUCUCAAUGAGGCAAAAUGUUCAUUUGAACAUCCAAAUAAAAAUGAAACGCAAUCGAAGACAUUAAAAGUGCAAUUUACAGUAGACGAGAAUGAUAAACAGCCACCGUAUGAUUAA